AUGGCAUCUUCAUGGGAACAUUUUGGUGAGAUUGCAAAUGUGGCUCAAUUAACCGGCUUAGAUGCUGUGAAGUUGAUUGGAAUGAUUGUUAAAGCUGCGAAUACAGCUCGUAUGCAUAAAAAGAAUUGCAGACAGUUCGCGCAACAUCUUAGAUUAAUUGGGAACUUGCUUGAUCAGCUGAAGAUCUCGGAGCUUAAGAAGUAUCGCGAAACACGAGAGCCUCUAGAACAGCUAGAAGAAGCUUUGAGAAGAUCUUAUAUUUUGGUCAAUAGUUGUCAAGAUCGCAGCUAUCUUUAUUUGUUGGCGAUGGGAUGGAACAUUGUUUAUCAAUUCAGAAAGGCUCAGAAUGAAAUUGAUCGAUACUUGCGCCUUGUUCCUCUCAUUACUCUAGUCGACAAUGCUCGAGUCAAGGAGAGGUUAGAAGUUAUUGAAAAGGAUCAAUGUGAGUACACAUUUGAUGAUGAUGAGCAAAAAGUGCAGACUGUAUUUUUGAAACCGGAACCCGACAAAGAGGAUACCGUAGUCCUGAAAAAAACUCUUUCAUGUACGUACCCGAACUUUUCAUUCACGGAAGCACUGAAACAAGAAAACCAAAAGCUCCAACUAGAGUUACAAUGUUCACAAGCAAAUAUGGAUAUAAAUCAAUGCGAGUUCAUUCAACGCUUAUUAGAUGUUACAUCAUUUGCUGCUUUUUCUCUUCCGGAGGAGUUAUCACCUGAAAAUAGUCACAACAAAGUAGAAUACACAAACCAAAGUUAUUUUGAUGUCAACGGCAGCAAAGGGCAUUCUUCUGAUGAAAAACAGCAUAAAAAAUCAGUUACUCUUUCAGCAUCAAGCUCCUCAGUUUCAGAAAAGAACUUGUUGUCAGCUGGAAGUUUAUAUCAGCAAGAAGAUUGGCAUACUGAUCUACUUGCUUGUUGUUCUGAACCUUGUCUUUGUAUAAAAACAUUCUUCUUUCCAUGUGGAACAUUUUCGAAGAUUGCGACAGUUGCAACCAACAGGCCUAUAUCUGCUGCAGAAGUAUGUAAUGAAUUUCUGGUUUAUUCAUUGAUUUUAUCAUGUUGUUGCUACACUUGUUGUAUAAGAAGGAAGCUUAGGAAGAUGAUGAAUAUUCCGGGAGGUUAUGUUGAUGAUUUUCUUUCUCAUUUGAUGUGUUGUUCUUGUGCCCUUGUUCAAGAAUGGAGAGAAAUAGAAGCCCGUGGGGUUUAUGGUCAUGAGAAGACCAACACAAGUCCACCAACCCCACAAUACAUGGAAUCUUGA